CGGCGGCCGGGGGGGCUCCGGGAUCGCCCCCCGGGACCGCCAUGGCCAGCGAGGCCGAGCCCGCCCGGCGCCGCCGCUGCUGCCGCCGCUGCUGCGGGCAGGACCCGCCCGACAUUCCCAAGGCCGCGGAUUCCCGGGGGGAUUCCCGCCGGGGCUCCCUGUGCGACCGGCACUGCUCCACCAUCAACAACGACCUGGGCGAGCCGGGCUGUCACCAGCACCGGCCCCGCGGCCCCGCGGCCGCGCCCCCCCCGCACCUGGAGGAGUGCGAGAGCUGCGCCAGGACCACCCUGACGGCCGAGAACGCCGUGGAGGCCAACAAGCUCUCCAACAACUACAAGUUCGGCUUCAAGAAGUGGAAGAGCCACGUGACGGCGCGGCCCUGGGAGGAGCGCUCAGACAUCGUCAAGGAGCUCUACUCUGACCUCACCGUGCUCCGGGGCCCUGCAGGUGGGACCGGGGACAGCCCUGCGGCUCUGGGGGGGCUGCGGGUGCCAGGGGGUCCCAGCUGUGCCCCCUCCAUCCCCGCAGGGUCCACGGUGACGUGCGGGAACGUCCUGUACCUGCUGCUCUUCGGCUGGUGGCUCUCGCUGCUGCACGGGCUGGUGGCCGCCGGGAUGUUCCUCACCGUGGUGGGGGCUCCUCACGGGCGGCUGUGCUGGGACCUGGCCGGGUAUUUCCUGUGGCCCUUCGGCAAAGUGAUCCAGAAGGUGGAGGUGCCCAAAUCCCAGGAGGCCGGAGCGGGGGAGAGCUCGGCCCUGCUGGGGGGUCGCACCCCAGCCCGCUGGAGCCCGCGGUGCUGGGAGGGCACGGGAUACUGGCGCCGGGUGGGCUGUGCGGCCUGGCUGUGCCUGGGGUACCCGCUGCUGGCCCUGUGCCACGGGCUGGUGUGUGUCACCGCCUGGCUCCUCAUCGUCACCAUCCCGGUGGCCAAGCUGAGCGCCCGCAGUGCCACCCGCGUCCUGCUGCUGCCCCCCGAGCGCGUGCGUGUCCGCAGGGUCAGGAUGACGGAGGUGCCGCUGGAGGGGGAGGUGCUCCUGUGCUGCCACCGCGCCGCCAACCCCUACUACUACAAGUACUCCGUGCACGGCCUCAACGUCUUCGCCAUCAACCUGCUGCCGCUGGUGCUGGUGACGCUGCUGUUGGGGUACCUGGACAGCCACAACCACCUGAGCAGCUCCACCCUCAAGUUCUCCCUGGCCCUGCUCUCCAUCAUGCCCCUGUCCUACUACAUCGGCAUGGCCAUCGCCAGCAUCUCCGCGCAGAGCACGUUCGCGGUGGGCGCGGUGGUGAACGCCACCUUCGGCUCCGUCACCGAACUCACCUUCUACAUCAGCGCCCUCCUCAAGGGCUCCCGCGAGGGCAGCGCCUGCUACGCCGAGGUGGUGAAGGCGGCGCUGACCGGGACCCUGGUGGGCUGCGUGCUCUUCAUCCCGGGUCUGUGCAUGGUGAUCGGGGGCAUCCGGCACCAGGAGCAGCGCUUCAACAGCCGCUCUGCCGGCGUCAGCUCCGCGCUGCUCUUCCUCUCGGUGGGAGGAGUCUUUGCCCCCACGCUGUUCUCCAAGGUGUAUGGGAAGCUGGUGUGCGGAGAGUGCCACAACGUCACCCAGAACCCGCUGGGCCACUACCUGUGCCACAGCUGCCACUUCGACCUGAUGGACAACAACGGCACCCUCUACUACAGCCACGUCCAACCCCUGGUGUACACGGUGUCCCUGCUGCUCCCUGCUGGCUACCUCGUGGGGCUCUGCUUCACCCUCAAAACCCACUCCCACAUCUACGACAUCCACAUCAGCGGCUGCCACAUGCCAGGCCACCACCACAGUGCCGUGGUGCACUGGUCCCGCUGGCGGGCCCUGGUCAUCCUGCUGCUCUCCACCCUCUGCAUGUCGGCCUGUGCCGACCUGGCCACGGAGCACAUCAGCCCCAUCCUCACCAACUCCACCAUCUCCCAGUACUUCAUCGGUGUCACCGUGCUGGCCAUGGUGCCUGAGCUGCCAGAGAUUGUCAAUGGCAUCCAGUUUGCCCUCCAGAACAACCUGAGCCUGAGCAUCGAGAUCGGGAACUGCAUCGCCGUGCAGGUCUGCAUGCUGCAGAUCCCCAUCCUCGUGCUCUUCACCAUCUUCUACCCCACCAACUUCACGCUGGUGUUCAGCGACCUGCACGUGUACGCCAGCAUGUUCAGCGUGGUGCUCAUGAACUACACCUUCAUGGACGGCAAAUGUGACUACUUCCAAGGCACGGUGCUGGUGAUGGUUUACUUCAUCCUCCUGGCCGUGUAUUUCUUCGCCCCCUCGCCCCGUGGCUGCUGAGCUCUGGCCUCUCCCGCCCCUGCCCGGAUUCCCGGAGUUCUCCGGCUGGCUCCGGGCGGGCAGGACCACUCCUGGAGCUGCUGCUGCUCCCUGGCCCCUCCCGCGGGGCUGGGAUCGCUCCUGGAAGGAAGGGGGAGCCCCGAGGCCGGAGCGCGGCACGGAGGGGUUGGCACGGGGGGACCCCCCGGGUGCCUGAAGGGAAUGUUUGUCCUCGGAGGAGGGGCUGGAAGGGGAUCCCGGGACAGACCCCUCCCCUGGGGAGCGUUGCACUGGGAGAAGGUGCCGGGGAAGGGGCCCCGGGGUGAUCCCA